AAAGACAUACCCACACGCUCUCUCUCUCUCUUUCUCUCUCCUCUCUCUGGGCUCUCUGCCCAAAAAGCUCUCUCGUGCUCUUCUCUCUCUCUCUUUCACUCUGUUCCAUCCCGAACCCAAAAACCUGUUCUUCUGCUCCCUCCUUUCCUCAUUCCCUAUUCCCCUUCUUUAAUACCCCCACUGUCCUCUCUCGCUCUCUGUGCCAGAAAAGGGGGAAAUUUGGAGGAAUGCGAUAUUAUCUCAGGCAAAUGCAGCGGCUGAAGAUCAAGAUCAGUUCCGGCAAUGCAAAGGCAGCAGCUUUCUUCUGAUGGAAAUGGCAAAUGCCGCCAGUGUUGAAACCUGGAUGAGAAGCUGAAGCAAACACCAUCAUACAGAGUGAAAGAAAAUAGGAGAGAUGGGUUCAUGCUACUCGAGGGUGGACAGGGAGGAGAUGGUGUCCCGCUGCAAGGCCCGGAAGCGGUACACCAAGCAAUUCGUCCGGGCCCGCCACUCCCUCGCCACCGCCCACUCCAUGUACCUCCGCUCCCUCCGCGCCACCGGCUCCGCCCUCCUCCACUUCGCUAACGCUGAGUCCACGCGCCACCACGCGCCGCCGCCAGUCGCCCCCACGCGCCACCACCACCAGCCCCCUCCCCCUCCCCCUCCGCCGCCGCCGCCCCCAAUGAGCCCCCUGAGCUCCGACACCUGGACCUCCACCUCCUUCACCGCCUCCCCUCUUCCUCCUCCCCCGCCGCCUCCUCCCCCAGCGGCCGCCUCCGGGUGGGACUUCUGGUACCCGUUUGUCCCGCCGCCGGCCUCGAGGAAUGCCACCGAGGAGUGGGAGGAGACCACCACCACGGCAGCUUCAGAGUUGGGGCCACCCACCGGGGGGACGCCGCCACCGUCAUCCUCCGCAGGCAGCGAGCUCGCUCUGGUGGUGUCGAGGAACAGCGGGAAGGAUCUCGCGGGGAUAAUAAAGGAAUUGGAUGAGUAUUUCCUAAGGGCUGCUGACUGCGGAGGAGAGCUCUCUAAGCUGCUGGAGGUUCCUGCCACCGGCUUUUCUUCUCAGGCCAAAGGAGGUAAAGUGUACGACAAUGGCUGCAGUUUGAGUCCGUCGGUGUGGACACUGGGGUGUUCGAGUCAGAGAUGGGGCAGCUUUGGCGAGGGAAAAAUGGGAAGUAAUCUUGCCAGGAGUGGUAAUGGGAGUCACUGUUCUACCGCAGAGAGGCUGUAUGCCUGGGAGAAGAAAUUGUACCAGGAAGUGAAGAAUGCGGGAACAAUCAAGAUUGAGCAUGAGAAGAAGGUGGAGCAGCUGAGGAAGCUGGAGCUGAAGAGGGCAGAUUACGUGAAAACCGAGAAGACAAAAAAGGAGGUUGAGAAGCUCGAGUCCCAGAUUACAGUCGCUUCUCAGGCCAUCGAGACCACCUCUGCCGAGAUCACCAAGCUGAGGGAGACUGAGCUGUAUCCUCAGCUCUUGAAACUCGUGGAAGGGUUAAUGUGCAUGUGGAGAAGUAUGUAUGAGUGCCAUCAAGUGCAAACGCACAUUGUUGGGCAGAUUAAGUACCUGAGCACGAUCCCUUCCUUGGAACCCACCUCGGAGAUUCAUCGCCAGUCAACCCUCCAGCUCGAGCAUGAGGUCCAGCAAUGGCACCUCUCCUUCUGCAACCUCUUCAAGUCCCAGCACGACUACAUCCAAUCUCUCAUGGGAUGGCUACGGCUCAGCAUGUUCCAGUUCAACAAGAGCUCGUCUCUCGUGGGGCCCACCCACAUCGAGUCCAGGAUCUACUCACUCUGUGAGGAUUGGAGCCAGGCGAUUGACCGGAUCCCCGACAAGGUCGCCUCGGAGGGGAUCAAAAGCUUCUUAACUGUGAUCCAUGCCAUUGUAGUCCAGCAGGGCGAGCACAGGCAGAAGAAGAAGUCAGAAUCCGUGUUCAAGGAGCUUGAGAGGAGAAACAACGAGCUAAGGUCACUCGAGUGCAAGCAUGGGCCCUACUCAAUGCUUGAGGGGUCAGGGGCAUCAGGCAGGAAUCCUGUGGGGGAGAAGCGGGCGAAAGUGGCGACUUUGAGGGCCAGAGCGGAGGAGGAGAAGAGCAAGCAGGAGAAAUCAGUCAGUAUCACGCGGACUACUACCCUGAACAACUUGCAGAUGGGGCUUCCCCACAUGUUCCAGGCGAUUCACGGGUUUUCGAGCGUGUGCAUGAAUGCAUUCGAGUCGGUAUACAACCAGGCAAAGGAUAUGGAACCUGAUGUAAAGAGAUUGCUCCCUUGAUUUUUGCGUGGAUUCUUGUUAUUAUGAGUGAAUAUAAGCCUUUUCUAUUUAUGUUGA